CAUAUCCGUAUCCCGCGUAUCACAGCCUGUGCUGGUCUAGGCCCCCUUUCUAAUCCAAUUUCUCGACGCUGCCACAUUCUUUUCUGCCCAACGACCCGUCGCACCCGUCUCCGCUGCGCUUUGCUCGUAUUGCGCAUUUGUCCCGCCGAGGAGUGGGAGCGGAGGACGCGGCUGACUUGCUCUCGCCUGUGACUCCUUCACCCAUCUCUCGUGGCCAUUCAGCCUACUAGACAAUCCUCGACCAACCCCAGCAUUGAUCGCUGCAGCCAUCACGGCCGCGCACGUGUCGCUCUCAGACCACGAUGGGCGCCACGGACGAAGGCUUUCCGCAAUUCCGCAGGGAUAUUCCGUACAACGACGAAUCCUCCCUGAACACCUUGCAAACAUGCAUUCCUCGGCCAACAUCUGCAAACGAUCAACAGCGCAUAUGGGUCGUCUACGUUCAUGGCGGCGCCUGGCUCGCUCCAGAUCAGUCAUCCGCUGACUUUGAUAAGGCGCAGCAACUCCUGCUCGACUCACCCAUCGUGGAACACAUUGCAGGAUUCGCCUCGAUCAAUUAUCGUCUCUCUGCUGCCCCAUGGCAUCCCAAAUAUCCUUCCAAUCCGGCUGAUCCGGCGCGCAACGCGAGGCACCCAGAUCAUAUCAAUGAUGUUCUAGCUGCCAUCCUCCACCUGCAGGAGACUUACCGUUUCGAAGACCGCUACCUGUUGGUCGGCCACUCAUGUGGCGCCUGUCUUGCGCUCCAGGUCGCGAUGAAACGAUACUGGGGCCAGCAGUAUGAGUCUACCACAGCCCUGGAGCUCAACGUGGUGCCGCCACUCGCAAUCUUGGGCAUCGAGGGUCUUUACGAUCUUCCUGCACUCGUCGAGUGGCACUCGGAUCGCCCUUUCUAUCAUGACUUCGUUGCCGCUGCCUUUGGACCAGACAAGGCAGCCUGGAAGACUGUAAGCCCAACGUCUGCUGAUUUCAAGAACACCUGGGAAGACGGCAAGCUUGUGGUCAUUGCGCACUCACGGGAAGACGAGCUCGUAGAAUGGGAGCAGCCCGAGCUUAUGAUGAAGUCGCUACAUGCUCAAGGAUUCCAGGAUUCUGGUUCUCGAAGGACUAAGUUACUGGAUAUGAAAGGGAAACACGAUCAAGUUUGGCAGGAUGGCGACGAAGUGGCUCGAGCAAUUGAACUCACUGUGCGAGAAUUCAUCGGUAUGCGUGUGAUCUGAGGCUUCGCGCAAUACUGUAACCCACAUCUUUCUUGACCCAUACGCUUUUCAGCAGCAGUGGUCAUGAGCUCGCACGCACCUUGGAAACCCAAGCACGGCACUCGACCUCAUCUACAGCAAUCUUCCCAUUAUGGAACAAUGCAGGCCGCAAGAGGUACCGUAGGAAAACCAGCAAUUGGCAGAAAACAAGACCACACGGCAGACUCGGAUGUAGAUCAGCUAUGAGCGCUCGACCAAAGCUUCGUCGCUGGUGCAAGAUCUGCUCCUGUUCAUCACGACAUUUGGUCAGCUUAACACGCAGAUAAGUUUCGCGGCAGGUUCAGGGACGCACAGGUCCGUCUCCGGCCUUCGUCGAGCCAUUAUAUCAAGGUAUCGCAAUGUUAUGAUCUAGAUAGACAGAUGAAGUACCAGGGAGGACUCGGUCUCAUGUCUAUAUAGCUCGUUGGAAGCAGAAUAUACUCACAAUCUCAACGCCAUAAAUGGCAUCUACGAC